CAGCAGCAGCAGCAGAAGAAGAAGAAGAAGAAGAAGAAGACCGCGGCGACGCACUGAUACAAGAUCGGCGAACAACAUGGCGGUGAAGUCAGGAGACGAGCGUCUCAAGGAGAUGGAGGCUGAGAUGGCUCUUUUUGAGCAGGAGGUUCUUGGCGGCCCAAUAACGGUAUCGGGAAGUCCUCCCAUCAUGGACCCGGCCCCCGUAGCUUUGGCAAUCCCGAUCCGAGCAAUCAUCGGAACCAACACCUACAGACAGGUCCAGCAGACGUUGGACGCUCGAGCAGCCAGUUUUGGUCCUCCUCCGGCAUUCAUGGGUCCAGUUCCACCAGUCCGUCCUCCUCCGCCCCCCGUCAUGAGACCAGCCUUCGUCCCCCACAUCCUGCAGAGACCUGCUGGCCAGCGGAUGCACAUGAUGCGUGGUCCUCCGAUGGCUCCUCCAAUGCCGCGGCCUCCCCCUCCUCCCCCCAUGAUGGUCCCUCCCCCCAUGCAGGCUCAGAUCCCUCAGGGUCCGUCCCAGCCCCACCCACACAUGGCUGCUCCUCAGGUUGGUGAUAUGGUUUCCAUGGUGUCGGGCCCGGCCCCGAGACCUGGACCCCAGCCCUCGUUCAAACCAACACCAUCCAUCAUCCAGGCAGCUCCAACGGUUUACUCUGCUCCUCCUGCCACCAUUGGACACAAAAAGGCAGACAUUCGUGCUCAGAGACAAGCCAGAAUGGAAGAGCUGGCAGCGCGGGUUGCAGAGCAGCAGGCUGCAGUAGCAGCAGCCGGGCUGCUGGACAAGAAGGAGAGUGAGGACAGCAACGCCGUGAUUGGUCCAAGCAUGCCGGAGCCUGAGCUCCACCAUGCUGAGCCUGUGGAAAGUGUAACAGAAGAAAAAAAGAAGGCCAAAUCGGACAAGGUGAAGAAGUGCAUCCGCACAGCAGCAGGGACCACCUGGGAGGAUGCCAGUCUACUGGACUGGGAAUCUGAUGAUUUCCGUAUCUUCUGUGGAGACCUGGGUAACGAGGUGAACGACGACAUCCUGGCCCGAGCCUUCAGCAGAUACCCGUCCUUCCUCAAGGCUAAGGUGGUCCGGGACAAACGGACAGGGAAGACCAAAGGCUACGGCUUCGUCAGCUUCAAAGACCCCAGCGACUACGUGAGAGCCAUGAGGGAGAUGAACGGGAAGUACGUGGGCAGCCGUCCCAUCAAGCUGAGGAAGAGCAUGUGGAGGGACCGCAACAUGGACGUGGUCCGCAAGAAGCAGAAGGAGAAGAAGAAGCUCGGCCUCAGAUAGAGAGAGAGAGAGAGAGUGUGUGUGUGUGUGUCUGUCUGUGUGUGUGUGUCUGUCUGUCUGUCCGUGUGUGUCUGUCUGUGUGCGCGUGUGUUUAUUAACCAGAACUUUAGAUCAUUUAACACAUGAACAGGUGUUUUUUCUUCUUUAAAUAAAACCAAGUGUUA